AGGGGGGCGGUGCCUAGGAGGAAACGCCUGUUUACCUGCUUCAGGUGAGAGUGAGAGUCGAAUAGAGGAACCAGCAAAGAAAACACCCGAGUUGUUGGAUUAGUCUGAGUCUGGUUGCUCCGUCAAGAGGUUUUCUGUGAGAGAAGCUGACAUUUGGCUAUGAGCAAGUUCUGCUUUAACUCUCCCUUACCUCUGGCUGCAUUAUACAUCGCUGCAGUAUGCCUAAAUCAUGCAGCUUCGGCCAUACAGGUGACAUCCAGCGGACCACAGACGGUGAAGAAAGCCCAGGGGGAGAGUAUUACUCUGGGAUGCACAUACACCUUGGAUGUUGCAGAUGUCGGAGACCUGGACAUUGAGUGGACACGCGUCAGUCAAGACAUGACCCAGAAAGACGAGCUGAUCUUAUCCUACACUGGAGGGAAACAGUACCAGCUAGGAAGCCCAGACCUGAUGAGUCGUUUUAAGUUUGCUGGAGACCCGAGCGGCGGAGACGCCACGGUCAACUUUUCCAGCCUCAAGGUCUUGGACACGGCCACGUACCAGUGCAAAGUGAAGAAGACGCCCGGCAUCGAUUCCCGGAAAGUGACUUUAGUAGUGCUGGUGCGACCUUCGCCCCCGAAAUGCUGGGUGAAAGGUAGCGAGGAGAAGGGCGGAACGGUUUCGCUCUGCUGCGAAUCUUCCCAGGGUUCGUCUCCUCUAAAAUAUGCAUGGACGAAAGAAAGCGGAAACCUGCCACCGACCGCGACGCAGAAUCCCCAGACCGGAGAGCUGCUAAUCAGAAACCACAGCGACAGCUACACAGGGAGGUACCUCUGUGAGGUCAGCAAUGAAGUAGGCUCUGAGCGAUGCACAUACGCCCUUCAAGCAUAUAACCCGACCAAUAAAGCGGGAGUGAUUGCUGGAGCUGUGAUUGGUGCACUGCUGCUGCUGCUCCUCCUCCUGUUUCUAAUCUGGCUCCUGAUUUGCUGUUGCAACAAGCGACGCUAUGAAAAAGAGGUUGCCAAUGAGAUCAGGGAGGACGCUGCAGCUCCGGAGAGUCGCCCGGGAAGCCGUAACUCCAGCUUCCGUUCUGUACUGAAUUACCGCGUCCAUCCUGGGAUCCGUUACAGCUCUGUGAGCAAAGCCGAUGUCGCACGGGUCGGAUCCGGCCGCAGCAGUACCCACACCGAACGAAGCAGAGUCCAAAGAGAAGCCAGCAUGCUUGCGUCUGAUCACAGGCCCCCGCUCAGAUACGACAGCAGAUACGGAUACCCCGUAUAACCACCGAACGUCCUGCCAGGAGACACAGCACUGGAAAGAUUAAACCCGCUCAAAAGAUGCAAUAGUGUGCAAGACCGCGGCAAGACUGGAUGACAUUAAAACUGCACAGAAGUACAUUCACACAAGUGAACGAUAGAGAUAGGGAUCUGCUAAUGUGUGUGUAUAGUUGUUUAUGUAUUUUUGUAUGAUUGUUUUAUAAGCGUUUAGGUAAAAUGUGGUCGUGGUAAUCAUUUGAAUAUAUUAAGCUAACAAACCUUCUUUAUGACCAUAAAUUCAAUCUUUUUAAGAAUAGUGAUAAAAGAGGAUUUUUUAAAAACGAGCUUUCGUGCAGCUCAUCAAUGCAGAAAACAUUGUACAGAGUAUUAAAUCUGAAAGUGUAACGUUAUUGAAAGAGUAUAGACAGAGUUGACUCUGAAGCAUUGAAAUGAGUCAUUUUUAAAACGAGUCCCAAGCUCGUUCGAAUCAAACCUCAGCGUAUUCCCGCUCACUUGUUUUUUUUCAGGUUCGUAUGAAUGAAAAUGUAAAUUCGUUCUCAAGCACUAGGUGGCGCAAGCUCACGAACACUGCUUUAAAUCACCGGAGAGGUUUGGUACAAAUCAAUCGUUGAACGAAUCGUUUGGGAGUCACUGAACAAAUAAGGUCAGAAUCAAUGUAUAUUAUAAGAAAACGAAAGCGACCUUGCAUGUAUGUCAACCUGUUGUUUGGGACUACUAAAAAACGAAAUAUGAAUCGUUCAUAAUAAUAGCGGCACUUUAAAGUGUCAUCUGUAUGAAUGUUUACAACUGUGAUAUGAAUUAUAAUAAUAACAUGUUUUACGAAUGUUCACAUUUACUCUAGAUUAAUGCCCCCUGAGUCA